CAUUUAAGAAACGGAAGCCGGAAGUGUUUUUGAUCCGAAAGUCCAGCUGACUGACAGGCUAACCUGCGGACGUGUUUAAAGCGCAACAGCAGCGAGUGCACGAAGUUUGGCCGAGUUUGUGUCUCCGGGACUUUCUCAGGACACGAUGAGUCUUCAGUGGACGGCCGUCGCCACCUUCCUCUACAUCGAGGUCUUCUUCGUGCUGCUGCUCUGCAUCCCCUUCAUCUCCCCCAAGAGGUACUGGACCCCGAGUCCGCUAGACCUGUGCCCCGAGUCCGCUAGACGAGUCCGCUAGACCUGUGCCCCGAGUCCGCUAGACCUGUGCCCCGAGUCCUCUAGACCUGUGCCCCGAGUCCUCUAGACCUGUGCCCCGAGUCCUCUAGACCUGGACCCCGAGUCCGCUAGACCUGGGCCCCGAGUCCUCUAGACCUGGGCCCCGAGUCCUCUAGACCUGGACCCCGAGUCCUCUAGACCUGGGCCCCGAGUCCGCUGGAGCAGAUUAAAUGCAUACAAACAUAUUUAUUGUGUUACAACCCGGCUCAGACGGCAACAUGGAGACCAGUUAACCACGUUAGUCAUUUAUUUAAAGAACACAACUAGGUUAACACAAAGGAGCUGAUUGGCUGUCUGGAGAGCAGCCAAUCAGGAGAGCCCUCUGUCUUCAGGUGCCUCCAGGCUCAGGUGUGGCUCAUCAGCUGAUGAACAGCCUGAAAGACAAAAGGACCCAGACUGUAUGUGUAUGUGUAUGUGUAUGUGUGUGUGUGUGUGUGUGUGUAUGUGUGUGUCAGACGCACUAGAUGGCCCCAGACCUCCACCUUCUCUUGUCUCCAGGUGGAGUAAGAUCUUCAAGUCCCGGAUCAUUCAGACCAUCGCUCUCUAUGGGAACACUUCCUUCAUGGUGGCCAUCGCCAUCCUCGUCUUCCUGCUCAUCGAUGCGUUCCGUGAGGUGAGGAAGUACAGCGUGACGGAGAAGGUGGAUCUCACCAACAACCCGAUUGCCAUUGAACACAUUCACAUGAAGCUGUUCAGAGCUCAGAGGAACGAGUACAUCGCCGGCUUCGCCCUGCUGCUCUGCCUCUUGCUGCGUCGCAUCGCCACCCUGCUCUCCCAGCAGGCCACGCUCAUGGCGUCCAACGAGGCCUUCAAGAAGCAGGCGGAGGGCGCCAGCAACGCCGCCAAGAAGUACAUGGAGGACAACGAGCUGCUGCAGGAGAAACUUCGUGACGCCGGAGUCGAGCUGCCGGCGGCCGGAAAGAAAGGAGGCGCGCCGCAGGAGGAGAACAAGACCCUGAAGGAGGAGGUGAAGACCCUGAAGGAGGAGCUGGACGCCUCCAAGAAGGCGCUACAGAAGUCGGACAGUGACGUUCGUGCGAUGAAGAAACAGGCGGAGAAUCUGACGGUGGAGUACGACCGUCUGCUGGAGGAACACAGCAAACUGCUGGCCACCAGCGACAAGAAGUCCGACUGAGGAGACGGCGUCUCUUCCACCGACGGUGUCACGUCUGCUCUGGAUGAACUGAUCUGGUUAUUCUACGUGGUUCAAAUAUAAUAUAAUGUUUAAGAUCUCGUCGCUCGUUUGUGAAACUUUGUUUUGAUUUUCCAUUUCACUUUGAGUUGAUUUAUGAGAAACUUUAAUUCCACGCGCUCAAGACUCGAAGUAGAGUUUAAAUAUUCCACGUUCUUUGAACUUUACGGGAGUCGGUAGUUAAACGUCGGCUUUAUACGAGCUCAAUCGCCACGGUAACGUCAAAGUAUGCGUAUAUAUCUUUAUACAUGUGUGCAUAUACACUCAGUCUAAACUCUAGUUCUGCUCGUACAAAGUGAUCCGUCGUUAUCGUCAUAAACACGGUUUGGAAAAACGUUUUUUUUCAGUUUUAUUGUUUACGGUUCAACGUUUUUUGUUUUGAGAUCUUCGACUUUAAACAUCGGAAGUCGUGACUCUUGGUUUUUUUUUCCUUUCUUGCGGGACAGAAAUGUUUCACGAGGAACUAAAAUCCUGUUUAAAGAGUCAGAAUGUUCAGAGAGAAGAAUGAUGAAGAGGAAGAGGAAGAUGAAGUCGUUCCCAAGUACAAAUUGUUGUGAAUUUGAGAAUUUAAAGAACAAGUUAUAUUUUUUUAUAGACUUUGAUCUUUCUCUACAUCUUCUUCCUCUGGAAUAUUAAUGAUAAUCAAAAGAUGUCGUUUAAAACAAACAAAUAUACAUUUUUGUCACUGACCGUCCAUCUGAAAAGUGGUUUGGUUAAAAUAAUCUGAACUAAACAUCCAGACAGGAAGUUGACGGACUCUACUUCCUGUUGUGGUGUUUUAGUCACAUGACGACCACCCUUUUCUUUUCUUUUUGAAAAUCCUUUUUUGUCACCUGAUUUUUGUUUUGACAUUUUAUUCCAGACGUCGUUCGUGUCGCGGCUAACGAACGGUUGAGUCCACAAGGUUCUCACUUGCUUCUUUGCUUCACUCUGUUUGAAACGCUUCGUUUGAGCCUGAAUGUACGCUUAUUAUUAUUAUUAUUAUUAUUAUUAUUUUAGUGUUUACAUGCUUUGACGCUUUAUUCUGAAACACAAACUUGAGACCAAAUCACGUUCAUAUUUCUGUAUUCUACUUUUCUGUGCUUUUAUUUUCUCAUGUUCAGGUGCAUCAUGGGAAGUCUGAGGUGCAUGAUGGGAAGUCUUGAGGUGAACUGUAUCUCAAAGUAUGAAGUGCUAAAAAUAAAGCUGCUUCUGCAGAGU